AUGAGCAGAUUGCUCGAAAAGGCGUUCGAGUCCGUCAUCCUGACAGAAGCUUUUCCCAGAUCUCAGAUUGACAUCUUCUGUGAAGUGAUCCAAGGGGACGGAUCGAAUCUGGCUGCGUGCGUCAAUGCGACUUCUCUGGCUCUGGCUGAUGCGGGCAUCCCAAUGAAAGGAAUUGCAUCAGCUGCCACGUGUGGAAUUGUCGACGGCAAACCGAUUGUUGAUUUGACUUCCAGAGAAGAAACAGAUCUUCUUCCGAGAGUCACUGUAAGAAAUUCAGUUUUUUUUUCUUGUUCAAACUAUUCCAUUUCAGCUCGCUACCGUCUGUGGCCGUGACGAAGUCAUUCUCGUCGAACUUCAGAACCGUCUUCACAUCGAUCAUCUCUCCCACGUCAUGGAAACAGCGAAAUCAACGUGUGCCGACGUUUAUGAGUGUCUCGCCGUCGUCGCCCAACAACAUCUGAAGGCGUGUGCUCCGAUUUUAGGCAGUUAG